AUGGGAAAGCCAUGUACAAUUGAUAGAUUUUUUAAAAGAAAAAAUACAAGUUCCUCAGAAGUCAAUGCUGACAAUACAUCAUUGCCAACUUCCAAUGUUGAUAUCCUUGAAAAUCCUCCCACAAAAUCUCAAAAAAUUGAUGUUAAAGAAAUUGAUAUUGGUUCAUUAGAGCGAGAUCCUAGAUUACGUAUACAGAUUUGGGAUUAUCAUGUUAAUCAAGGUGAUGAAAUUCGACGAGCUUAUAUUAAGGCUGGUCCAUACCAACCAAUACUUUUAAAGUAUCCGAAAUCUAGAUCAACAACUCAUCUUCGUAGCUUUCAACCGUCAUGGUUCAAACUAUUUCCGUCAUGGUUGGAAUAUUCACCAUCAAAAGAUCAAGCAUUCACUGUUGAUGGAUUUCAGAAUUGGAAGAAAGUUAGGGAUGGAGCAAAAUGUGCUUUUUUAAAUCAUAUAGGAAAAGAUCCUAAUUCUUUUCACAAUGUUACCGAGAGAUCAUGUGAAGACUUGAUGAAUCAAUUUCAACAUAUACAAAAGGUAUUGGACAAUUUCACUUUUGAACAAAUUUUAGAUAAUCGACUAAGAUUGAAGGUCUCAAUUGAUACAAUCCGAUUGCUUGCAUUUCAAGGUUGUGCUUUUAGAGGUCGUGAUGAAAGGCCAAAUUCAAUCAAUCGUGGAAAUUUUCUUCAAAUAGUGAAAUUGUUGGGAUCAUAUAAUGAUAAUGUUGCUAAAAAUGCAAUUCGUGAAGAAAUUGGUGAUGCAAAGUAUUGCAUAAUUGCUGAUGAAGCUCGUGACAAGUCAAAGAAGGAGCAAAUGGCUAUAGUUUUGAGAUUCGUUGACAAAAUAUUUAGAAUAUUCGAGGACAAGGAUACGAUGGUGCAAGCAAUAUGCGAGUUGGCUUUAGUGGCAGCAUCGAAAGAUGUUAUCCCAAUUCAUAAAUUUUUUCCUAAAUUGACUUUUGUUGUCAAUAUUGUUGGUGCCUCAUGCAAGCGCAAUAUGAAUUGA